AUGUUAAUAGAUGUUUUUUCUAGAUUUGAUGCUCACAGCUAUAACUUAAUUUGGUUGUCUAUGCCGCUAUGGUUGCUGUCUUCUAUAGUGCCAAUAACCGUGCUAUUUAGAGACGUGUACACUAAGGGUAGAAGUACGAGCUCUUUUCGGAGUUUGGUGCUAUCCUUUACUUAUUCGAUGAUUCGAUUGAACGGAAAGGGACUAAAGCUAUCUGGGUUUCCUCUAGUAAUAAGGGGUCUGUUCAUGAUAAUUCUGAUACUAAAUCUGUCUGGAAACUUUCCAUUCUUUUUCCCUGUCAGAGGGCAGUUUGUGUUCGGGUUCUCCUUUGCUUUGUCUAUUUGAACUUGUUUAGUUUUAUCUAGUCUUUUAUGCAGAUUUGAGCAGGGGUUGAUGAGUCUCGUUCCAACAGGUUGCCCGUUAAUCCUUGUGCCUUUUAUAGUAGUGGUUGAGCUAAUUAGUGGCAUACUUCGUCCUUUAACAUUAGUUUUACGUCUGACACUAAAUCUGGGAGCUGGUAAAGUAAUUCUAACUAUAUGCAGGAGAGAGUUAGUAGUUAGCUGGUUAAAUAGCAGAAGGUUGCUUACAGGAGUUGGGGGUAUUAAAGGGUUAAUAAUGGGCGGAGGUGUUUUUGGAGCCGCUGAAGUUGCAAUCGCGUGUAUUCAGUGUUAUAUUUUUUGUGUCUUAUUGUGUCUCUAUACGGAGGAUCAUAGAAGGUAG